UGCCCCGAUCACAGCAGGCAGAGCACAGACAGUGAGGAGAGUGUCAGAGCAGCACAGUGUCCAAACAUGCCAGCAUACUCCACCAACAUCAGGCUGAAGUUCCCCAUUUUGGCCUUGAUCCUGGAGCUUGUCACCAUUCUCCUGUACGCGCUUUUCGUGGUGUAUGAUGAUGGCAAAACAAGUCACCAUGAAGGUGGCCAUGACAAAGACAACAGCACUGACCAUCAUGAGGAAAACCCUGUGGCGCUCUACCCCAUGUUUCAGGAUGUCCAUGUGAUGAUUUUCAUUGGCUUCGGUUUUCUCAUGACCUUCCUGAAAAGAUACGGGUUCAGCAGUGUGGGCAUCAACCUGCUGCUGGCUGCCUUCGGCCUGCAGUGGGGUUUAUUGCUGCAGAACAUCUGGCACCUGGAUGAUGGAAAGAUCAAGCUUUCCAUUGAAAAAAUGAUCAAUGCAGACUUCAGCACAGCCACGGUGCUGAUCUCGUUUGGUGCUGUGUUAGGGAAGACCAGUCCAGUGCAGCUGCUCAUCAUGACCCUGCUGGAGAUCACCACCUUCUGCCUCAAUGAGCACCUGGCUGUCGGUGUGCUGGGGGCCUCAGAUGUUGGAGCCUCUAUGACCAUCCAUGCGUUCGGAGCGUACUUUGGGCUCGCUGUGGCUCGCGUUCUUUAUCGCCCUGGCCUCCGGAACGGCCACGACAACGAAGGCUCUGUCUACCACUCCGACCUGUUUGCAAUGAUCGGUACUGUGUACCUGUGGAUGUUUUGGCCCAGCUUUAACUCCGCUAUUGCUGAGCCUGGAACUCCACAGCUCAUGGCUAUCACCAACACCUACUUCUCUCUGGCUGCGUGUGCACUGGCGGCCUAUGCAAUGUCUAGCCUGGUGGAACAUAAAGGAAAACUGGACAUGGUACAUAUUCAGAACGCUACGCUGGCCGGUGGAGUUGCUGUUGGCACGUGCGCUGAUAUGAACAUCGGCCCUUUCGGUGCCAUGGUGAUCGGAGUCACCGCUGGAGUCAUCUCCACUCUCGGCUUCAAAUUCCUCUCCCCAAUUCUUGCAUCCAACCUGGGCAUCCAGGACACCUGCGGAGUUCAUAACCUGCACGGCAUGCCUGGCAUUCUGGGUGGUUUGGCUGGCAUUUUGGCUGCACUGCUGGGGAGGAAAGAACACGUGACUCCUGGUAUUCAGGCUGCAGCUUUGGCUUCAUCUCUUGGUUUUGCCCUGGUUGGGGGAGCAAUCACAGGCCUCAUAAUGAAGCUUCCAUUCUGGGGCCAGCCAGCGGACCAGAACUGCUUUGACGACUCCAUCUACUGGGAGGUUCCGGAGGAUGAAGAGGAGGCUGGGGAGAGUCUGACUCAGGCUGAUCAUUCGAAGAAUAAAGCAGAGGCCUAAAGCUCUUUACAGCUUACUCACACCAACAAAACCAAAGCAGAUAAGCGACUCAGGGUACUCAACCAUGCGAGCAUCACUUCAGGAGCAGCUCCAGCCAUUCACACCCACCCCACUAUUUCACUGAUAAACGCCUUUUCUAUUGUCCACCCUGUAUAGUUUGUGGAUGCUUUUGAUUAUUUUUCAGCUGGAAAUGUAAAAAACAACAAAAAGUAGCAUGUAGCUGGCUAAACCCAUCUAGCUAACAGCUCAACCAAACAAGCCAACAAGCUAAAACUUACUAGCUUAAGCCAACCAACUGAACUUAGCUAACUACUAGCUAAACCAUGUAACUAGUUAAGUCCAACAAGUUAAAACUUACUAGCUUAAGCCAACUGACUAAACAUGGAUAACUACUAGCUAAACCAUGUAACUACCUAAGUCCAACAAGCUAAAACGUUCUAGCUUAAGCCAACCAACUAAACUUGGCUAACUACUAGCUAAACCAUGUAACUAGUUAAGUCCAACAAGUUAAAACUUACUAGCUUAAGCCAACCAACUAAACUUGGCUAAAUACUAGUUAAACCAUGUAACUAGUUAAGUCCAACAAGCUAAAACUUACUAGCUUAAGCCAACCAACUGAACUUAGCUAACUACUAGCUAAACCAUGUAACUAGCUAAGUCCAACAAGUUAAAACUUACUAGCUUAAGCCAACUGACUAAACAUGGAUAACUACUAGCUAAACCAUGUAACUAGUUAAGUCCAACAAGCUAAAACGUUCUAGCUUAAGCCAACCAACUAAACUUGGCUAAAUACUAGCUAAACCAUGUAACUAGUUAAGUCCAACAAGUUAAAACUUACUAGCUUAAACCAACUGACUAAACUUGGAUAACUACUAGCUAAACCAUGUAACUACCUAAGUCCAACAAGCUAAAACGUUCUAGCUUAAGCCAACCAACUAAACUUGGCUAAAUACUAGUUAAACCAUGUAACUAGUUAAGUCCAACAAGUUAAAACUCACUAGCUUAAGCCAACCGACUAAACUUAGCUAACUACUAGCUAAGCUCAACCAGCUCUCUUCUUAGAAAUAAUCCUGUUGAAAAACGCUGGGCUGUUUUUAAAUGCUUUCAUUUGGUCUUUGAUAGUAAAAGUGGCCGGCCAGCUGGUCAGUCUGGAAUUAAGCUUAUUCCACAUUACAGAUGAGGAUGAUCCAAAUCUAAAAUCCACAAAAUCUGUAGAACAAAAAUCAACAUUACCUCUGUAUAAGAAAACGUAAAUUAGUUAGUGCCACUAAAAUUGUCCACUCUGGGUCGAGUCUGACAGACCUAUAGCUGUCUCAGACCGGUUGAACUGUUUGUUUUAGAAAUGUGGCUUCCAAUUAUUCAAAUGAAUCAAUCAGUGCAAUUCAUUAGUGGAUAACUGUAGGCUAUGACAGUUGGUCGUUAAUUCUUGCUGAGGUUCUGAGCCGUAGCCUGAGGAUUUGGGUGGCGCUUUGCAGUUUCUACUCCAGCUUUGCACUAUAUUGUGAGAUGGAGAAAUAAAAAAAAAUUCCUCACUUUUAGUGCUGAUAGUACAAUUACUUAUAAUCAUUACUGACCACAAUAUUCGAAUAUGCAAUGUAUUACAUUAAAAUAUAUUCUAAAUAGCUCUCACAAUUUUAUUUCCAUAUUGAUAUUUUCAAACAAUCUCCCUACUAAUCCACAUUGCAGUCUGGUUCACGUAUUGCUGGCCAAGAAAUUGGUUCCUUAAGGCCAACUGCAAGUUUUAAUCUUCUUUUAUUCUUCCUUUCCUUAAGCUCUUGAUGUAUAGUUAAAAUGAAAGUUUGGUAGAGAAAAACAAAUAUAUAGUUUCUCCUUAACUUAUGUAGUUGAUUAGCUAAGACAUGACUGGAAUCUAAAGUUAGAUGUUUUAGCUUUGCACUGGAACUACGAGGCUAAUGCAGCUAACAAAGUAACGGAGGCUUAUUCAUUUGUUAUCACUGUGUGUGCCUUCAAAAUAAUCACAGAUUGCCUCUGACUAUGUUGAGGUUUUUAGUAAACACAAAGUCUAUUAGAGAUUAAUCAACAACUCAACACGAGUUGAAGCACUCCAUACAGUGGAUAAACAUGAUAUGCAAUGCGCAUGACAUUAUUUUUCCAAAGGUAUGUGAAAAAAUAUGUGCUAAAUUAAAAAACAAACCCUCUAUUACACUGUUUUUACAUUGCUUGAUUUCUUUAAUGAAAAAGAGUACAUGAGCAUUUGCAUGUAAAAAACGAAAUGCUGCACUGGUGUCAGAAUUAGAUUUCAACACACCUUGAAUGUAAUGCAGUCACUGCUAUUGCUUUCCACCUUGCAGUACUUUUAAAUCAGUGUAAUGGAUCCUUCUGCAUGUUACUGUUUAAAUGCAAUCUCAUGCAUGCAGUGCAUUUCACUGUUUUGGUUACAUUUCAAUAAGGCAAAUACAUUUGAAAUCCAAAAAAGAGGUUAAGUGACAUGACAACAGUGUAAUAGAGGUUUCACUAAUUCUGCAUGUGACGUGGAAAUGUAAUGUCAUUGGUGGAUUGUAUUUCACUGCUUUCGCUGUUUUGAUUGCAUUUCAAUGUGGAGAAGCUGCACAGUGGAAAGCAAUUUAGCUUUGUGGAUUGUAUUUGUUUCUAGGGCAAAUUCAGCAUUUAAUUUUUUUUUUAUUCAAAAUGCAUAAAAACAGAGGGUUUGCUCUUCAUUUUUGAAGACCAUCACAGUUGUCUAGACAUCACAGUUAAUGCGUUUAACACUUUAUCUUUGUGCCUCAGCCUCAUUUCUCCAUAAUAAAAGUCCUCUUACUUUCAACCGUAUUAAACCUGAGAGGUUUUUUAUAGGAGUUUACUUUUGUUUAAUGUAAACAAUAGCAUCAUGCCUAUAGGUUAUAAAUUAGCUACUACAUACUUGUGUACAUCUUGGCUCGUUAGCUACGUUAGCCUUUAGCUCCAGUGCUAAAACUAAGGCAAACUUCAGACACCCAAAUGUCUUGGCUGAUCGGCUAAAUUUGGUAUGAGGGGGAAAACUGUGCAUUUUUUUAAAUAUUAUUUUAAACUCUGUGGACACAGUCAGUCCCUCUGUUUCCUGCUGCUGUUCAGAUUUUAAAAGGAAAAUGAUGAACAGCACAGUCCAGUGAGAAAGAGAGGAACGACUGACUUCAGUAUGAAGUGUGUAUUUGAAUGAAUGUAUGUGUGUAUGUUUGAGUGUUUUUAUAUCACAUGCCACCAGCGUAGUUAGGACGAUGUAGACCGCUUAGCAGAACCAUGAGUAUUACAAGAAUGAUAAAAAUGUAUUGAAUAUAUAUAUACUGUCAUAAAUAAAUAUGUUUUUAUACAAUA